AACAUCCGGGUAUAUAUGCGCGCGCGUCGCUCGGCCGCCACUCGCGCGCCGCCCUCCGCGCCGCACGCCUGCGCGCCAACCAUCGCGAUGCGUGUGCUCGUGCUUGUGUGUGUUCUCAGUGCGUUGAACCUGUCAGACGCGUUCUGCGCGAACUGCGCAAGCGACGUCGACCUGACAGAUGUGCGGUUGGAGUUUGUGAAGAGACAGAUCUUGAAGAAGUUGCGGUUAAGCAAGAAGCCGUCGGUGGCUGUGCCGGUGAACAGCCUGCCGAUGCCGGUGGCGCAGGGGCAGACGCUCAGCCAGGGCACGGAUAAGCCGCCCGAGUUUGAUGACUACUAUGGGCGAACGGAGCAGAAGAUCAUUUUUCCUGUUGAAGGGGAGUGCCUGACGUCGGGCCGGUACCCGUUCACGUGUCUGCAGUUCGAGCUGCCCCCAGACCUAGAGCCUGAGGAGGUCACAGUCGUCGAGCUCUGGUUUUUCAAGGAGCCCGAUCCUCUAGACGAAUACAACCAAACGUUUGUCAUCUCCGAAGCGGCCCAUUGGGACAGCCAGCAACAGUUCAAGAAGACAAGACCCAUCGCCAUCAAAGAGACGGACACAGGGGAGGGUUGGGUCAGAGUAGAGCUGGCGUGGGCGGUCAGGGUGUGGUUAGAAGAACGGGAGAGGUUACACACACUUCAUGUAGCUUGCAGGACUUGUCAGCUGCGCCGCUCGCCCCUCUCUUUCCACGAGAAGCGACGUCCAUUCCUCGUGCUGUACACGAAAUAUGCCGGGAAAAGAAGAAGAAACCGCGCGCUGGAGUGCGGCUCCGGCACCACAGACUGCUGCAGAGAACCGCUCUAUGUCGACUUUAAAACAAUAGGUUGGGCGGAUUGGAUAAUCAAGCCAGCGGGCUACCAUGCAUACUUCUGCAAGGGCAACUGCGCGCCCAUCUCCGCCGUCACGCAAACGGGCAGCUAUCACAAUAAUAUUAUUAGAAAAUAUUUCUACACGGUGGGCAAGUCGGAGUUCAAGCCAUGCUGCGCACCGACCACCUUCAGCUCUCUUCAGCUCCUUUACAUGGACUCAAAUAACACGGUGACGCAGAAAACGCUGCCAAACAUGGUGGUCGAAACUUGUGGGUGCAUGUGAUGGUAGACUUGUUCUAAUAUCGACUUUCUCGAAGUUAAUUGAUAUAAGUAUAAAUGUGGAAAGCAAGAAGAUAAGGUUAGACGCAUUUGGCCAAAUUCUGUCCGAUUUAAAGUCUCUAAGAAUCACCAACUUUUCUAGAGAAUAAAUGUGGUAUUUUCUAUAAAAAGGGACCUUAUUGUCGAUGGCGCUUACGCCAUUAUUAACUAUGCUCCGAUAUAAAUACAAUGCCGCGCGACGCUGUGCGGCAUCGACAAUAAGGUUCCUUUUCAUAGAAAAUGCCCCAAAUCCUUUCAAGUCUUUACAUCUAUUAACUAUAAAAUGUUUUUUUUUUUAAUUAAUAUGUGGUCUAUAUUUCAUUAGUCAGAAAUUCUGAAUAGUAUGAAAUCUUUAACUGAACAGAUUUGUUAUUAAUAAAUAAGAUGGUACACACACUGGUAAAAUUGCUGUUUGUAAGGCCAGGGGCCCAUUUCUCAAACGGUAUUAGACUAAUAUUAUUAGUGUGUUGCCAUGGUAACCCAUACGACUUGACAGUUCGUGGACUAAUAAUAUUAGUCUAAUACCGUUCGAGAAAUGGGCCCCAGUUGCAUAUGAUUUUCUAAUUGUAAUGUUAUUUGUAUGUUUUCUUCGCUCAAUUUGUAGUUGUAAGAUAAACAGAUAAAAACUUUUGAAGUCUCUCUUUUAGAAAAUGUUCUCGAAUGCAAGCGACAAGGAGGGAAUAUAGGACGUACGUAAAAUUGCCAGAACACGCCGCUUGCGCUAGAGAAAGAAUUCCUGGUAUAAAUAUUAAGUGCGUUAUUAUAUAUGCGAAUGAAGAUGAACGCAAGAAUUAUGUGAGGCUUGUGUGAAAACUACUUAAGCGUAAUGUGAUAGGUAUGACAUUUGACAAUGAUGAAUGCAGGUUAUAGCAUGGAGACUAUAUAAAGGAGCCAAAUCUCUAUGUAUGAAAAGUGUCCAUCAAAAAACAGUAAUUAGGCGGCGCCACCAUACACCGAAAUACUACCAAAAACAACCUACGUAAUUUGGUCGGGUUAUUUGUUGCCUUAUAUGGUUCAUUUUAUACUCAUGUCCCAGAGCCUAACUAGCGCCACCGGAGAGAUUAGGAACUAUUAUUUAAAGCUGAAAGCGGUCACUUUUGCAACAAUUCUGCCAUAAGAGAUUGGCAUCCUUUCUAUACCAUCCAUAGGUUAUAGUGAAUGUGUGAUGUAUGGCCGUACUGAUGUGGCAGGUACCACUUAGGUGAAUUAUCAUAUUUUAUAUGGUGUUCAAGAGUAUAUAAUUGUAGAAUUUUAUUAGGUAGAGUUUAAGUUUUUAAAGAUAUGUUUGUCAUGAUUAUGCAUGUUACUAAAUGGUCAUUUGUGACGUUUUCAUCCAAAGGGUACCACAUUGUCGGUUGUCGAUAAAGUUGACUUCUAAUUGAAGCUAUAUGGGAAUAGUGCCUUACUGACAAGCGACAAUAAGUACCCUUUUGGUUUAAAAUGGCACAUUUUUUGACGAGGCAGUUAAGAAACCGUACAGCUAUAAAAUUAAUAGGUAAAAAUAUGAUGGGCAUUCAUAUUUUACCAAUUUUUGCUGCUCAACUAACGACAAGCUAAUAAUCACUUUAAGCAGAUAAUUUGGACGUAUAGUCGGACCACGCUAAGUUUUCAUGCCAAGUGCAACGUUAAAUAUGGAGCUUACAUAUCCCUGUAAGCUGGCAGUAAGAACUUACUGCCAAGUUUGUGCAAAGUUAGCGUGGUCAGUCUAUUAAUAGUUCGGCAUGUUUUCUUUUCUUAAAAAAAAGUUGUAGCAUAAAUACAAGUGCUUUUUGUGAUUUAGAUAGUUAUUUAGGUCCAGUGCAUUUAUAUAUUUUAUUAUAUGGGUUUGCACGAUUUCAUAGCUGCGUGUAUGUGAAAAUUUUUAAUAUGCUGUUUGGAAAAUGUAGCAGUUAUUUUAAAAUAAUUAAAAUACAACAAAAAAAAUAUAUUUACGGAAAUUUUAUUUUACACAUCAAUGUAAAGAUGGAAGGCUGCAUUUCCAAAAAAACAUAUUAAAAUGUAUGACUAAAAAUAAAAGUUAUGUUGUAACUGUAAGUAUGAUAAAUUAUCAAAUACUGUUACUUAAGUGUUUAAUUUUAUUGUAAAUAUUGUUCCUAUAGUUUUAAUAUAUUUUGUCGAUGGUAAAAACCAAGCAAAGUAUCAGAAAAAACCGAUCCAACAGUUCAUUCAUUUGUAAAAAAAAUGUAAGUUAUCCAUUACCUUACUGUAACUUAAUCGAAAAAAAAAAUUGUUUUAGGUAAAGAUAAAAUAUAUCAAAAAUGCUUUAGACAAUCGUACAUUUGAAACAUUAUGUAAAUAAUGAUUUAGUAUAAAGACACUGAUCUGAUUAAUUUCACACACAAAAUGUACUUAAGUAGAUUUGAACGUUGUAGAAUUCUGUUUCUGUUUUUGAUACGGUGUCUAAGUAUUAUAGAUAUAAGAUACAUUUCAAAAUUAAGAGUAAAAAAAUAGAAGUAUA